AUCCCCACCUCUCUCUCUCUCUCUCUCUCUCUCUCUCUCUCUAUGUAUGUAUGUAUGUAUGUGUGUGUGUAUGUAUAUAUUCCCCCCCCCCCCCCCCCCCCCCUCUCUGACUCUCUCUACAGGCAUGCAAAACCUAGCUCUCCGUAAACUAAAUUUCAAUUUUGACCAUCUUGAACGUACCACUUCUCUUCACUCUCAUGAAUCCUUCUCCUUCUUUGACUUCUCACCUCUCCGUUUCAAUUUGAAUCCUGUCCGUCGCCCAUGGCGGUCUCCGGCGUCGAAGCAGUGCUGGAGUUUCUGAGGAAGAACGGAUUCUCCGACUCCGAAUCGGCGCUCAUGGAGGACUUGCUUGAAAAGUCCGAAUUGCGGUCGGCCGAUUUCGAAAGGUUUUUCUUCCCGAUGCUCCCGCCGCCGCCGCCUCUGAAGAUUCCGUCGAUGCGGAGGCGGACGGAGGCCGAGGACCGAGGCGCUGGUGGUGGUGGUGAUUCGAGCGACGGUUCUGCUGAGGAGGAGUUCGUCAGCUUGGUUUCUUCCACCACUGAUUUGUGUUCUUCGGAUUUCACAAAUCCAUAUGGCACUCACAAUAUGACCGGGGUAAGCUCCCAAGCUUCAUCAGAUAGAUUAUCUCAAUUUGGUACGGCUCGUGAUUACCAGGAUUUUGAUUUACAAAAUGACAUCUGGUGGUACAAUGAGAAAGACGAGGACUACGCUUUGCCUCCCCAUUUUGGCAGAUCAGACUCCUUUACCUGCCCAAGUGAGGACAAGUUCGUUACAACUUUGGAGAAAGGGGAGCAAAUCGACAGCCAAUUGGAUUUCAAUAACAUCUCAGAAGGAUUUCAUACUGUAGAAAGCAGUAAUUACUUGGAUAAGCCUUGGCCUUUUACUAUUUCCUCCACGGAUGACGUACAUGGGGUUCAAUGCACAGAAUAUGAUCAUUUGAACGAAAUUGUCCAACAUGAAAGAAAUGUUGAAAAGGAGAAAGGGGGGUGCACUGUUUAUAGCUGUUCUUCCCCCAAUUGUAUAUGCUGUUCAGAUGCAGGAAUUUUCGGAAUGGAUCCUAAGGACCGUAGUCUCGUGAGUCCAAAAAUUGAUGGAAAUAGCAUUACCUGUGACAGGAGCUCCAACAAUGACUGUGCUGCAGACUUCAAAGUUACUGCUGACUUUCAUAUUUUGGUUGCUGAGAAAGAUCUCCUCCAUCGUGAGAAAGACAACUGUAAAGGUGGAAACGCAACAAAAGUAGCCGCAGUUGCUCAUGAGGCAGAGGUUGAUGCUAAUGAAGAGGAUGGUGUAAGCGAAGAUCAGCUUCCGAUGCUUGACACUAACGAGGAUGAAUAUGAAGUAUUCGAUCUAAGAAUUAUCCACAGAAAAAAUCGGACUGGUUUUGAAGAGAACAAAGAUCUGCCUAUAGUACUCAAUAGUAUCAUUGCCAGCAGAUAUUACAUUACAGAAUACCUAGGUUCAGCUGCUUUCAGCAAAGUUGCUCAGGCACAUGAUCUGCAUACAGGAAUGGAUGUUUGCUUGAAGAUCAUUAAAAAUGACAAGGACUUCUUUGAUCAGAGCUUAGAUGAAAUCAAACUUCUAAAGUUUGUGAAUAAGCAUGACCCUGGUGAUGAGCGCCACAUUUUGCGGUUAUAUGAUUACUUCUACUUUCAGGAGCACCUUUUCAUUGUUUGUGAACUUCUUCGGGCAAACUUGUAUGAAUUUCAGAAAUAUAAUCAAGAAUCUGGUGGAGAGUGUUACUUUACGCUGAGCAGACUGCAGCUCAUAACCCGGCAAUGUUUGGAGGCGUUGGAAUAUUUGCAUCACUUGGAGAUAAUUCACUGUGAUCUUAAGCCAGAGAAUAUUCUUAUCAAAAGUUACAGCAGAUGCGAGAUAAAGGUUAUUGAUCUUGGAAGCAGUUGCUUUCUGACAGACAACUUGUGCCUUUAUGUACAAUCUCGUUCCUAUAGGGCUCCUGAAGUCAUCCUAGGCCUCCCUUAUGACCAGAGGAUUGAUCUUUGGUCUCUUGGCUGUAUCUUGGCUGAGCUAUGCUCUGGGGAAGUCCUUUUCCCAAAUGACACACUUGUGACGGCACUUGCUCGCAUGAUUGGCAUGCUUGGUCCAAUUGAUAUGGAGAUGUUAGAGAAAGGGCAGGAGACCCACAAAUAUUUUACAGAAGAAUAUGAUCUUUAUCUCAUAAACGAGGAUACAAGCCAACUGGAGUAUGUAAUUCCUGAGGAGUCAUCCUUGGAGCAUCACAUGCCGGUCUCUGAUAUUGGAUUUAUCAAUUUCGUGAGGGACUUACUCGAGAUAAACCCUCAGAGGCGUCCGACAGCAAGGGAGGCCCUAGAGCACCCCUGGCUUUCUCACGAGUAUGAGUUGAAUUCCUGCUGAAUUUAUGAGCAAAUGGUUGUUUCUACGGGCUUACCACUGAGGCAGAUCUUCAGCUGAAUGAAUAGCUUCCUGUCAGCACAAAAGCCAACAAUAGAUGUUUCAACUUCUGAUCCUGAAUUACUGGUCAGUACAUACUGCAUAUAAACUAACUAAUCUGCGUUGUGUAUACAUAUUCUUUUAUCAACAAUUUUGAAACUCGUUCUGUUUGUAAUUCUUUCUUUUCUGGGAAAGUGGCUUUUUGAGUUGUCCCGGAUGCAGCCUCAUCCAUUAGAUAUCCAAUAAUGAUUCGGGUUUGAGAUGUUAAUGGACUUCCCUCUUUGUAAUUGAACACUUGUUGUGAAAUGAAUCAUACAGUUUUUUGGUGAGAAAA